CCGAGAAAGAACAAGAGGGAAAACGAUAAGAACAUCCGUGGAGAAGAUGGGAGUGAGGAGGAGGACGUACACGGAAGGCAUAGAGGGAGUUAAAGUAAUCGCCUAAGGCCGUCGGGGUGUGAGACGGAAUUAAUAACACGAUUAAAGAUGGAGAACUCCCUCAAUGGAAUCCUGCAGCGCCUCUGUGGCUGCAUCCCUGCGCGAGUGUCCCUGGGGGUGCUGGCUUUCUUGGGCUUCGUGAUAAUGACAAGCGUGAGGAUCAACCUGUCUGUGGCCAUCGUUGCUAUGGUGCGUCAGAAUUCUUCAAAUAUCAUCAAAGGCAGGGCGGAAUGUCAGCAAGGUAACGAGAGCUGGCUGGUGCUGGAGCAGGAGAAGGGCGGGGGCGGCAACAGCACUACCUCUAUCCCCUGGGAAGAAGAUGGGAGGAUGGAGGGAGACGAGGACGAGGGUCUGGAAUGGGACGAGAUGACACAGGGUCUUGUCCUCGCAAGCUUCUUCUACGGGUACAUCUUCACGCAGAUCAUCGGCGGACGAUUUGCGGAGGUAUAUGGAAACAAGAAUCACCUUUGGGCUCUGUGGUCUGACGAGUGGCUUUUUUCACGCUCCUCUCGCCGAGCUGCUCGAUACCACUACGGCGCUCUCAUCGCUGUCAGGGCGCUCAUGGGCUUCUUCCAGGGACCCAUGUGGCCUUCCAUGCAUGCCCUGGUGCCUCGAUGGAUCCCGCCCCUCGAGAAAUCCAGAUUCGUGUCAUGUGUCUAUUUCGGGUCUAACCUCAGUAUGAUGGCGACCUUAGCCGUCAGUGGCAUCAUCGUGGACUCUCUGGGGUGGGACGCGGCUUUCUACAUCCCGGGAACGAUCUGCCUGGUGUGGGCGUUGUGUUGGUUGCUCCUGGUGGCGGACACCCCGACCCAACACCCAAGGAUAAGCCAGGAGGAGAAGGAAUACAUUGAGAACGUCGUUAGGAAGUCUGGAAGCUCCUGGAAGCGGCCUAGGAAAGUGCCCUGGCGCUCCCUCCUGACGUGCGUGCCCUUCUGGGUGACAGUGGCCGUGGACGUGGGGAACAUGUUUGGGCUCACUGUCUUCUUCAGUCUCCUGCCGACUUACAUGAAAAACGUCCUUGGGUUCUCGAUUAAAGAGAAUGGCCUCCUGUCCAGCCUUCCUUUCCUGUUCCGCUACCUCGGCGCCCUCACCUUCAGCUUCUUCGGGGACUGGAUUAUUUCCACCGACAAGCUGAGGUUCAUCACCAUGCGCCGCCUCUCCAGUGCUAUAGCUUACGGCGUGUUCUCUAUUCCUCUUUCUCUCUUCUUCCUGCAUAAUGUAUGCUUAAAGCUCACCUACGUGCACCUUUACCUCUUCCUCUUUAUUUUUUACGCAGAUAAACAUUUGCACUCCACAAUGCGCCGUAACUAUCUUUCCUCAGCCAUGUUCUUCCCCGCCAUUCUUGCCGUCGUCACGGCCUACUCGGGAUGCUCUGCCGCAGCCACAGUAUCCUUCCUCUGCCUCAUGAACUUCACGAACGGCGCUGUCGUGAAUAGCAUCCUAGUCAACUACACGGAUAUCGCUCCUAACUUCUCAGGGACUAUCUUCGGUAUUGGCAACACUGCGGGCGCCAUCAUGAUGUUCCUCGCGCCGGUGUGUGCCGCGGCUGUCAUUCAGGGACAGCAAACGAUGCUGCAGUGGAGGAAGGUGUUCUGGAUGUGUGUCCCGAUGUACGUUGUGCCCGAGGUCUUCUAUCUCAUCUUUUGCUCGGCGACGGUGCAGCCGUGGAACUCAGCGGGGGAAGAGGAGGACGAGGAGGAGGCGGCCAGCCUGGAUAAACUCAGCAUUUAAGACUUAAACAAUGCCGAAAUAUAGAAAAAAUAUAUGUAUAAGUAUGUUUGUAAAUAUAUACGUAUUAUAACGCAUAUUUAGAUUAUAUAAGUUACAAAUGGCAAGCAAGAAGAUACCAAUAAAGAGAGAUGCC